AUGGGGAGGAAAACUUCGAAAAAUCGCAAAUCGGAGAAGGUUAUGGAGAUUUCUCUGCCUACAAAUGUGCAGAAACACAUCAAUAUCACCUUCGAUCCCGCAACCGGAACGUUUCAGGGGAUCAACGAAGAGUUUCGAAAAAUGAUUGAUAAUCUGGGUAUCACUUUUGAAGAUAAGAAUAAAAAUGCAGACAAAAUUAUCAAUGCUGUCAACGCGAUAGAGGAAGCACAACGACCGAAGUACAUCGGUUUUGAUCCCCAUCUCCUGGGUGAUCUUCCCGAGUGUGACGAAGUCGAAGACGACCAUAAACCACACGAGAUUACCAUCGGAAUGCCCCAAAAGCCUUCCCGAUCGCCAACACGGUCCGUUUAUCCGGUCGUCCCACCCUUGCCCACAGCCAAAUCGCACGAUGACACCAAAAAGAUUACAGAUGAUUUGAAAGCCAUCGCCUUAUCCAAAGCACCUCCUAAGACUCCCCCAGCACAAGAUGAACUUCGACAGGUCAAACCGAAAGAAGUGUCAACUAAAAAUGCUGCCCCUGCACUACGUCGCAAAGUCCGGAAGAAGAUGAGUGAUGCUGAAUUCUUCGCUGCCCUGGAAAAGGUAAUCACUCCGGGUGAUCCACAUUCCAACUAUACACUGAUCGAGAAAGUCGGAUCUGGUGCGUCCGGGACGGUUCAACGCUCUCGGGACAAUCGGAAUCGACAAAUGGUUGCAAUCAAGGUCAUGAAACUGGACAAACAACCUAAUCGGGAUUUGAUUAUUUCGGAAAUUGAUGUGAUGCGAGAGUUGCGUCACGAAAGUAUUGUCAAUUAUCUGGAAUCCUAUCUUCUCCGAAAGGAGAAUGAGCUAUGGGUUGUGAUGGAAUAUCUGGAUGGAGGUGCUCUCACGGAAGUGGUCACAGAGACUGUCAUGGAUGUGCCCACCAUUGCCGCGGUCACGCGGGAGUGUGUUAAGGCGCUCGCGUUUCUUCACGAUAAGAAUAUUAUCCACCGUGAUAUCAAAUCCGACAACGUCUUGUUGGGACGAAAGGGUCAAGUGAAAGUGACCGAUUUCGGUUUCUGCGCACAGCUUGGUAAUCGACAAAGUAAACGAGACACAAUGGUCGGCACACCGUACUGGAUGGCCCCGGAAGUGGUGAACAAAACUGUCCAAUAUGGUCAGAAAAUCGACAUCUGGUCGUUGGGCAUUAUGGUGAUUGAAAUGAUCGACGGCGAACCGCCAUACCUGCACGAGCAGCCGCUUCGAGCAAUCAUGUUAAUUCAAGCCAACGGCAAACCACAUCCGAAAACCAAACAUAUCGAUCGGUCCAUGCAACAAUUUCUCGAUCGGUGCUUGGUGGUCAAUCCGGAUCAAAGAGCUAGCGCGAAAGAUCUGUUACAGGAUCCGUUCCUCCGUAAUGCCGGUUCUCUAUCUAACCUUGCCGUGCUAAUCGACGCGGCCAAACGUGCACAAGGCAAAUAG